UCUAGUUCCAGCAGCGACUCGUAGAUGUCGUAUUUAACGUUUUGAUUGUAGUAGUAAGCGUACAAAUGUCCAUGUUCUCGCGCACGUGGAUCUCGAUGUGGAACAUGUCUAAUAUUACGCAAAUAUCCAUAUCCAUUAUAAAUAGAAAUCAUUGUUUAAAACAAAACGUGUUGUUACAAACUUGUGUAAGGCAUUCAAGUUCUACAAAACAAACGCCAGCUACGUAUUGUUCGGAAUUGGUUAGAAAACAUGAUUAUGAAAACUUUCUGUGUACAUUGCUAUUAUCAAACAAAAAUGAAGCGGCCGCAUUUGCAAUUCGUGCAUUUAAUGUUGAAGUAGCUCAAAUAAGAGAUCAAGUUAGUGAUUAUAAAAUAGGGGAAAUGAGAUUACAAUUUUGGUCAGACGCAUUAAAUAAUACAUAUAAAGGAAAUCCUCCAAGAAAUCCUGUUAUGUUGGAGUUGCAUAGAAUUUUACAGAAACAUUCUCUUUCUAAACAUUAUUUCAAACGUUUAAUUGAUAUAAGGCUUGAUAAACUUCGGGAUUAUUCAUUUCAUAAUAUGGAUGAAAUAGAAAAAUAUGCGGAAUAUAGUAGUUCUUCCAUUUACUAUCUUCUUUUACAAGCACACGGUGUAAAUAAUAUUAAUGCUGAUCAUGCUGCCAGUCAUAUGGGGAAGGCACAUGGCAUUGUUAACUUACUUCGAUCGAUUCCUUAUAAUGCCAGUAAAAGAGUGAAUAUGUUACCACAAGAUAUUUUAAUGAAGCACAGUGUUUCUACAGAAGCUGUAUUACAGGGCCAAUCCAGUAAAAAUCUUCAAGAUGUAGUAUAUGAUGUAGCUUCCUAUGGAAAAUUACAUCUAGAUGUUACAAUUUCUCUUAAACAUAGUGUGGGAAAAGAAGCAAAUUUAAUCUUUUUACCAAUAAUUUGUUUGCAAAAGUAUUUAAAUAAAUUAAGAAAAGCAGACUUUGAUGUCUUUAAUGCAAAACUACAGAAGAAAGAUAAUUUACUUCCUCUAUACUUGUAUUGGAGAAGUUUUAUGUAUUAAAUUUGAUAUAAUUUAAUUAAGAUUAUCUUUUGAUUAAAGUAUUGUAAAAUAUUUGAAAUAAUAAUUAUAUCAUAAUACAGUUAAA